UUCUUUCAUCCUCUGGCCUUCUUGAUUCUGAUUCUGAUCACUGGGGAGAGAAUUCUCAAGCUAGGGCUUUUCUCAAAUCAACGGUUGAAUCUAAGAUGACUAAAAUCGCCGCAUGAGCCCUCAAUUCGCUCUCCCUUACAGAUUCUGCUCCUGAGAGCUGACUUUUCUGCAGCUUUUGCUUUCGAGAGUGUCCAUAUAUUUCUUGGUGUCUGAAUUUUUUGGCAUACCAUGUCGGGAAGAAAUCGUGGACCUCCUCUUCCAAUGAAAGGUGCUCCUCAUGCUGGACUACCCCCUCCGAUGCAUGAGCCUCCUUUUGGUGGCAGAGGGCUAGGGCCAUUGCCGCACCCAGCUCUACUAGAAGAGAUGAGGGAAUCACGUUUGGGCCCGAGACCCCUUCCUCCUCACCCUGCUAUAAUUGAGGAGCGUCUUGCUGGUCAACAUCAAGAAAUUCAAAGUCUAUUAGUGGAUAACCAGAGGCUGGCUGCAACCCAUGUGGCUCUGAAACAAGAACUGGAAGCAGCCCAGCAUGAGCUGCAGAGGAUGGCACAUUUUGCAGAGUCAUUGAGGGUAGAUAAGGAUGUGCAGAUGAGAGAAUUGUAUGAUAAGUCUGUCCGAAUGGAGGUGGAUCUUCGUGGGGUUGAAGCUAUGAGGUCUGAACUUGUUCAGGUUCAUUCCGAUAUUAAGGAGCUUACUGCUGUGAAGCAGGAACUCACUGGUCAGGUUCAACUAAUGACACAAGAUUUAGGCAGAAUGACGGCAGAUUUGCAACAGGUCCCUGCUGUGAGGGCAGAUAUUGAGGCUAUGAAACAAGAGUUGCAACGUGCAAGAGCUGCCAUUGAGUAUGAGAAGAAGGGGUAUGCAGAAAACUAUGAACAUGGUCAGAUGAUGGAGCAGAAGUUGAUCACAAUGGCUCGGGAGCUGGAGAAGCUACGUGCUGAGGUUGCUAAUGCUGAGAAAAGAGCACGUGCCUCUGCAGCUGUUGGAAACCCAGCAGGUCCAGGUUAUAAUGCAAACUAUGGCAGUGCUGAGGUUGGGUAUGCUGGAAAUGCUUACGCUGUCAACUAUGGCAUGAAUCCUGUACCGUCUGGUGUGGAGAAUUACCCUCAGUAUGGACCUGGACCUGGCGCUUGGGGUGCAUAUGACAUGCAGCGAGCUCAAGGACACAGAUAGAUUUUCUCUAUCUUGCUAAGCAAUCUCAUAACUGGUAUCUUGGGCUGCAACUUUCUAGAUGAUUAGUUUAGGGUUUAAGUGGUUUUCUAUUCAUGAACAUCUUGGGAUUGUGUCCUUUAGGUGCUUGUUGAAGAGCUGAAGUUGUACUUUAUUGAAAUUGUUACUAGAUUGAUCUUGCAGUUACAUUAUAUGAUGUUUCUCCAUGUUGUCUUCAGUACGAUAAGUGUUCUUUGUAGUUUUUGUUGAGGAUGUGGCACUCAUGCUCAUCUUUCUCUUGAUCUUUGGCAUGAGUUCUUCCUCUAGCCGUUUCUCCUGGAAAAUUUAAAUUUCCAUAUUUAAAA